GGUCACUGCACACUUCCCCCUCUUCUCGCAGACAUUUUUGCCAUUCCAGUUGACGGGAAAACGGCUUAGUAGCUGACCGUUGCAACACUAAACUGACCUCAAGUUACUCUUUUAAAAAAGGAUUUACUUCUGCAUCGACCGGAUAUCGAAAUCAAGAUGUUUUACACAUGUGGACCCAAUGAAGCCAUGGUGGUGUCUGGCUUUGGCCGGUCUCCUCCUCUAAUGAUUGCUGGAGGAAGAGUGUUUGUCCUCCCAUGUAUUCAGAAGAUCCAGAGAAUCGCCCUCAACACUCUGACUCUAAAUGUGAAGAGUGACAAAGUCUACACCCGUCAUGGGGUCCCUAUCUCUGUCACCGGCAUUGCACAGGUGAAGAUCCAGGGCCAGAACAAAGAGAUGUUGGCCACUGCCUGCCAAAUGUUUAUGGGCAAGUCUGAGGCCGAGAUUUCCACGAUUGCUCUAGAAACACUGGAGGGACACCAGAGAGCCAUCAUUGCCCAUUUGACUGUGGAGGAGAUCUAUCAGGACCGUAAGAAGUUCUCUGAGCAGGUCUUUAAAGUGGCCUCCUCUGACCUGGUCAACAUGGGGAUCGGUGUGGUCAGCUACACGCUCAAAGAUGUUCAUGAUGAUCAGGACUACCUUCACUCUCUGGGUAAAGCCAGAACAGCUCAGGUGCAGAAGGAUGCCAGGAUUGGAGAGGCUCAGUACAAACGGGAUUCUGUCAUGAGGGAGGCCAACGCGAUGCAGGAGAAGGUUUCAGCUCAGUACAAGAACGAGAUUGAGAUGGCAAAAUCCCAGAGAGACUAUGAGCUGAAGAAGGCCGCCUAUGAUGUCGAGGUCAACACUAAGAAGGCGGAGUCAGAAAUGGCCUAUCAGCUUCAGGUGGCCAAGACCAAGCAGCGCAUUGAGGAGGAGAAAAUGCAGAUUCAGGUGGUGGAGCGCACCCAGCAGAUUACCCUGCAGGAGCAGGAGAUCACACGUAAGGAGAAGGAGCUGGAGGCCAAAGUGAAGAAGCCGGCAGAAGCAGAGAAGUACCGACUGGAGAGACUGGCUGAGGCUCAGCGCCUGCAGCUCAUCAUGGAGGCCGAGGCAGAGGCCGAGAGCAUCAAGAUGAAGGGCGACGCCGAGGCUUUUGCCAUGGAGGCUAAGGGCCGUGCCGAGGCGGAGCAGAUGACCAAGAAAGCAGAAGCCUUCCAGCAGUACAAAGACGGAGCCAUGGUGGACAUGCUGCUGGAGAAACUGCCAAUGAUGGCAGAGGAGAUCAGCAAGCCACUGUUGGCGUCUAAAAAGAUCACGAUGGUGUCCAGUGGUGGCUCAGAGGUGGGAGUGGCCAAACUCACUGGGGAGGUGCUAGAUAUCAUGACCAGGCUGCCUGCCGCUGUGGAGAAACUCACCGGAGUCCACAUCUCCCAGGUUGUAGGAGCGCCCGGCCUCGUGCGUUAAGAAGAGACGAAGAGCAAGAAGUAAUCAGGAGAGGUGUCCCCCACAUUCAGACUAGGAGCUUCACGUCUCCUCCUUGUGCCUAUAACCACUGCAGCACCGUAGUCUUGUCCGAUCGUAUGUGCAUGUGUGUUUCACUUUGUGUGUCUCUCGUUCCUUGUUCCUCCUCCAUCUAAACGUUCUCCGUCAUGUUCCUGCUCUGAGCUGUUGUGCUGUAGAUGACAGCAAAAAGUAGCUGCAAGGGAUAGGAUUAUUAAUGAAGCUGUUAUUACCAGGAGACAAAACCCCAAAGUAGGACUUCCUCUCAUUGCUGUUUUAUACUUGACCUUAAGUAUGCAAUCUUUUUUUUUUUUUUACUAAACCAACCAGCCUCAUUCUUUCUGUAUAUGGAUUUAAUCAACUGACUGUCAUUCCUUUUUGUUUUACUUUUAAUGUAGUAAAUGUUGGCUGUAGUUUCUUUUUUUGUGCCUUUCAGUUAAACGGUGCUGAGCUCUUUAUCACAGCAUCACCUCGUAGUUUUGUGUGUGUGGGCGAAUUGUUGCUGGACCGAGCUUCACGUUCAUUUUAAAAAGAGACAGUCGGGGGGUUGAUGGUUAACUCCACUACUCUUUUGUAGAAACUGACUGAAGUUACUGAGCCCAAAAUCAUAUCAGUUUGAUGGAUUUUCUUUUGCGUUUCAGAAUGAAGGGGAAGGAAGUGGUUGGUGGGAACGAGCUACAGGGGUUUCCCGUUGAAAGAAAUGAAAGUCUGUUGUGGUGGAAAAGAAACGAUGUCAGUUGACUUUGCUGCAGCGUCUUCAGGAGUCUUUAUUAGACACGAGUCAAGGAGAGCCAUGCAUGCUGCCUGCUGCUUUGCUUGCUGUCUCGAGUUUAAACUGACAUAUGGGAGAUGGUCUGUUUUUUGUUCUUUUAAAUAGUGUAUAGCGUUUUCUAUGAUGUGACUAUUAUAAAGUUUAACAGAUGUUUAGCUCUUGCCUAUUGGAAGGUGUUGAGUAACAGUUCAGCGUCUCUGAUCUGGAGCUCUUGUUUUCAGACUCUUCAGCUGUCAAGCCGUAUGCAUUUUGUUAUUGCCAAGUGCCUGGUCAAUCCACAACCGUCAAGUCUACUUCCUUACUUAAACCCAUUAUACUUUUUCUGUCAGGGAACUCUUCCUCAUAUCCCACUGAUCCUAAAGCCAUGGGACGUCACUAGGGACGACCGUAGAUGAAAGCCAAAUCAGUCUCCACUUGUUUCUUCUUGUGACUAAUCUUUUACUCUUCAUUAAACGUGCCGUUGCAUGUGUGUACUUUAAGUUGACAAAAUAACAUAGCUUUAAAGUAGUGGACAAGAUUUAUCUGUAGUGAAAUGUUCAACAAUAAAGUAAUGGUUUAAUCACUGUAA